AUGCUGCUGGACGCGGGACCCCAGUUCCCGACCCUCGGGGUGAGCACUUUCUCCAGGCACCACCACCCCCACCACCACCACCACCACCACUCGAGCGCCGACAUGUCCGACCGGGACCUGAGCCUGUCUCAAAACGGCUUCGUCGACUCGGCGCCCAUGGGAGCUUUCAAGCUGAACGGCGGCGUCCACCACGACCUCUCGCCCCCCGGCCAGAGCUCGGCUUUCAGCUCGCAGGCGGCGGCGGCGGCGGCGGCCGGCCCGGGCUACGCGUCCGCCUUGGCUCCCCACGCCGCCGCCGCCGCCGCCGCCGCCCAUGUCAGCUCUUACUCGGGCGCCGCUUUCAACUCCACCCGGGACUUCAUCUUCCGCAGCCGCGGCUUCGGCGACUCGAGUCCGGGCUCCAGCCAGCACGGGAUCUUCGGAGCCAACCCGGGCGGUCUCCACCACCCCCCCCACCACCCCCACCACUCGGACACGCCGGCCGGCCACCUCUUGUUCCCGGGCAUCCACGACCAAGGAGCAUCCCACACGUCUCCGAACACCACGCACGUCCUCAACGGCCAGAUGCGCCUGGGGCUGCCGGGGGAAGUGUUUGGCCGCUCAGACCAGUGCCCCAGGACUGACCCUUACUCGGCGGCACAACUCCACCACCACCACCACCACCACCACCACAACUAUGGCCACAUGAAUAUGAACAUGAGCAUGAACAUGGCAGCUCACCACGGACCCGGAGCCUUCUUCAGGUACAUGAGGCAGCCCAUCAAGCAGGAGCUCAUCUGCAAGUGGGUCGACCCCGAGCAAAUGAGCAACCCCAAAAAGUCCUGCAACAAGACCUUCAGCACCAUGCACGAGCUGGUCACCCAUGUCACGGUGGAGCACGUCGGCGGCCCCGAGCAGACGAACCAUGUUUGCUUCUGGGAAGAUUGCUCCCGGGAGGGGAAGCCUUUCAAAGCAAAAUACAAACUGGUGAAUCACAUCAGGGUCCACACGGGGGAGAAACCGUUCCCCUGCCCCUUCCCGGGCUGCGGAAAAGUUUUCGCCAGGUCGGAGAACUUAAAGAUCCACAAACGCACCCAUACAGGUGAAAAGCCAUUUAAGUGCGAAUUUGAAAGCUGCGACAGGCGUUUCGCCAACAGCAGUGACAGGAAGAAGCACAUGCAUGUCCACACAUCAGACAAACCCUAUCUGUGUAAAAUGUGCGACAAGUCCUACACACAUCCCAGCUCUCUAAGGAAACAUAUGAAGGUCCACGAAUCGUCACAAGGUUCCGAGUCCUCACCGGCAGCCAGCUCUGGUUAUGAAUCGUCGACUCCCCCAGUCCUGGUUUCGCCGUCCACCGACCCCCAAAACAGCAAUAAUUUAUCCCCUGCCUCGACUGCGGUGCACACCAGCGCCGGCAUUUCCUCCAACUUCAACGAGUGGUACGUUUAA